AAGAGUCGAGGAUAAACGAAGAGAACUUGUGCCGCGGUUCGGUUCCUCACUGCAGAGUCACGGGAGUGUUGUUUCACCUAAUACAACUUACUGAGCUUACCGAAGUUGUACAUAGGUACCUACCUACCAUCCUGCAGCGCAGUGUGUGUCAAUCCUUGUGCCCCACUGUAACUUUGCUUCGUGUAUGUAUAUCUGUAUAGAUACGAAAGUAGAGACAAAAUUAAAGAAAACACUCCAUCUCGGUGUGGCUUUGACGCAAAUACCUACGGCUGCGCGAGCUUUGGAAGAGCGCGACACGUACGAGAGUAGUACUUACUCAUUCGAUCACGAUAUACAUUCGAUUGCAUUGGCAAAAUCUAUUAGUAUAGUAUUAUACUGUGAUCCACGUAUAGGUAUACCCGUUUGUUAUCAGUCAACUUGAAUUUGUUUGUGAAAACAAUCAACGAAAGCUGCAACGAUGAGCGACUCUGGAGAAUUUAAUCUGUGCGCCUGUAUUCUGAGCCAAUUACGAGCGACGGUAUCACAAGAAAUUUGCACGGAGACGGAAUGUUACACACCGGACAGCCUGCCAGGUCCCGGCAAUGAUGCGCCAGUCGAUCCCAAUAAUUUUAUGAUGUUCUUCAUGGUAGCCAUGAUUGGCAUGUUUUUGUACAUGCUUAGACCAAAAUCUCUUCGUAUGAUUGGUGGCAACGGCAAAGGUGCUGACAGCGAUUCUGAUUUCAGUGGAGAGCCACCGUUUCCACCACCGGCAGUCAAUUAAGCAAUAAACGUACACGCAUAUGGCACAGUCAAGCCGAAAUGACUAUUCUUGAAUGCAUCAGUAAAUUAUACUUGAAAAAACAAUGUAGUCCUAAUAUUGAUACAUCAUCUAUUCCUUUUGUACAUUGUGUUUGAAGAAAAAAAAAAAAAUUCAGAUACAUUUUACAAAAGAUAGGGGCCAAGAUGUGUCUCCCUCUCUGUAUAAAAUAAUAUAACAGGCAUGUAAUCAAUAGUUAGAAAAAGGAUGCGGGUAUCAUAGUAAUUCCACUUCAGAAAAGUUAUUGUUUACUAUUUUUAAGGAAAUAUAUUUAUAAAGAAAAAUAUGAGAUAUGUUAUACUAUAAAUAAAAUACCAAGUGUAAUGAAAUUAUUAAAAAAAAUUAUCUUUAAAGCACAGUUGUAAUUAUGUGAUAUGGCAAAGUAUUAUAUUAUGAUUAAGAUGUUUUUGCGCUCUUAUUUAUAAUUGUGUAUUUUAAUAGUGUGCUCUACCACAUGGAUUUGUAAGUUGAAAUACCGUGUAAAUAAGAAAAUUAAGUGCAAUAUACAUUGAUGCAGUUA